AUGGCGCGCUCAACUGCUCCGCCGAGCGUUGAGGCCAUGUUCGAAAAGAUCAUGGACACUGUUCAGAAGUCGCACAGCGAGAUUGCAGAACUGCGCCAACAAUGUAACGAACUCCGCAUUGCCAACGCCAACCUUGAACGGCUCGUAAAGGAUGCUUCAACGAACGGGUACUUCCACUACAACGGCAAUGGGCUUCACACACCCCCUCCAGGCUCGCCGAAACUCCGCAACAAAUCACCCUUCCUAAGCGCAAUUCCAGCCCACCGGAUUCCCUCGCCUCCUCUUCUCUGCGUUCCUUCUCCACUCGGUGACAGAGCUUUAGUUUCGUAUCCCCACGCCGAUCGUGAAAUCCCGGGCUUCUACGUCGUCAUCCCUGCUGGUGGCGCAGGAACACGCCUCUGGCCGCUCUCACGCGAGAACCAUCCAAAGUUCUUACUAGAUGUCAACUUAUGCGGAAGAUCACUUCUCCAGUCGACAUGGGAUCGUCUCUUGCCACUUGCGUCUGCCGCACGCACGACGGUUGUUGCCGGCCCGGCACACGCGCAGUCGAUUCGGGAGCAGAUUCCAGACCUUGCGGUGAAUAAUUUGUUUAUUGAGCCGGGCCCGAAGGACUCGAUGGCCGCCAUCGGGCUUGCUGCUGCUGUGCUUGCACGACGAGAUCCGGAUGCUGUGAUCGGUUCCUUCGCCGCGGACCAUAUGAUUUCAGGCACGGACGCGUUCCUGUCUGCCGUCGCCGAGGCAGUCGAGGUCGCCCGUUCGGGUUAUCUCGUGACAAUUGGAAUUGCACCAAGUCAUCCUGCUACAGCGUUCGGAUAUGUCCGUCUAGGGGAAUCUUUGCAGCUGCCAAAUGCACCGAAUGCACGACUCGUGGGAAGUUUCAAAGAGAAACCGGAUGCACGCACUGCAGCGACGUACCUCGCUACGGGCUCGUACCGCUGGAAUGCGGGUAUGUUCGUCACGCGUGCUGCGCUUCUCAUGGACCUCCUUCGAGAGUACAAGCCAGAAAUAGCUGAGGGGCUAUCGCGAAUCGCAGAGUGUUGGGAUGACGAGGAGAAGAGAAGGGAGGUGCUUGAGGAAAUCUGGCCCGGGCUGGAGAAGAUUCCGAUUGAUAAUGCUGUUGCGGAGCCCGCAGCUUCGGAAGGACGUGUUGCUGUUGUACCUGCGACCUUCGGGUGGGAUGACGUCGGAGACUUCUCGUCUUUGUCGGAAAGGCUUCCUGCAGAAGCCAAUCAACCAAAAGUACUUGGUGACUCAAGUCUCGUUUUGGCAGAACAAGUCGCAGGUGGGAUCGUUGUCCCAGGUUCUGGACGACUUGUCGCAUGUUUGGGUGUGGACGAUCUUGUUAUCGUCGAUAUGCCUGAUGCGUUGAUGGUCACGACGCGUGCGCGAUCGCAAGAAGUGAAGCGACUCGUGAAACGCGCCAAAGACAAUGGGUGGAAGACCUUGCUAUGA